CCUCCCUCCGUCCACAGCCUCGACAUGAUGAGCUGCUCUACAAUGAAAACAUGAAACAAAGUUAUUUGGCGAAAAAGUCCAAAACUCAAACAGCAGUCAGGCGGAUAACCUUCCUGCACAGAAAAGAGGAGGUGGACAUACAGAGGUCACAUGCUGUUCACACACCCCCUCACUCAGAGAGGAGCCUCCCCCCUGGUCUCCAGUAAUUAUUGGUCUCCCCAGUAAAUCAUUAACCACAUUAAUCUGAAUAAUCCUUCCACAACAUCCUCGGAUGGACAAACUGCAGCAGAGGAAAAGAGCACCGAGAUCACUGCUCAAGUAGAAGAACCCUUUUUUAAAAUCAGUGCCUAAAGGAAAUAAGAGAUCAUAUACUGUACAGUGUUGAUGUCACAAACUGAUUGAAGUCCCUUUCCAGGCGCUCUCUGGCUGGCCUGCAGCACUUGGUCACAACCCAGAUUAAAUCAGCUUUGGGGUUGAGAAGUUGACCAUUAACCUCCUCGACUGAUUACAAACACCUCUUCACUUGUAUGCGGCUGCUUCUGCACAGUGGAUCCUGAAGCAAAGUUCACUGUCACGAGCAGCAGAAGUCUGCCAAACUGACUGACAAACUUUCUCAGUUUUUGUAGGACUACCUGCAAUCUACAAUCAUGGCUACAGCAGGUUAUGGAUACUACAGAGGAACUAUAUUUCUGGCCAUGUUUGUGGGCUACACGCUGUACUACUUUAACAGAAAGACUUUUUCCUUUGUGAUGCCUUCUCUAAUGCAGGAGAUUGAGCUGGAUAAGGAUGACCUAGGCAUGAUCACCAGCAGUCAGUCUUUGGCCUACGCUAUCAGUAAGUUCAUCAGUGGUGUGCUUUCGGACCAGAUCAGCGCCCGCUGGCUCUUCUCCAUUGGCCUGUUCAUGGUGGGAGGCAUCAAUGUGGUCUUCUCCUGGUCCUCCACUGUUGCUGUCUUCUCUGCCCUGUGGUUCCUCAAUGGCCUUGGCCAGGGCCUUGGCUGGCCUCCCUGUGGCAGGGUGCUGCGCAAGUGGUUUGAGCCCUCUCAGUUUGGGACAUGGUGGGCAGUUCUGUCCUGCAGCAUGAAUCUGGCUGGCAGCUUGGGCCCCAUUAUUGCCACGGUGCUGGCCCAGAGUUACAGCUGGAGGACAAUACUGUCAGUCUCUGGAAUGAUUUGUGUGGCGGUCUCCUUCGUCUGCCUGCUGGUCAUCAAGAAUGAGCCUAAGGAUGUGGGGCUGCCCAGUAUCGAGGCAGCGGCCAAGAAGAGCAAAGGAGGAUCCUCCAGUAAUGAGAGCACCCUGUCCGAGUUCCUGCUGUCACCCUACCUGUGGCUGCUGUCCGUGUCCUACCUGGUGGUGUUCGGGGUGAAGACAGUCUGUACUGACUGGGGCCAGCUGUUUCUCAUUCAGGACAAGGGCCAGUCUACGCUCAUGGGUAGCUCAUACAUGAGUGCCCUGGAGGUUGGAGGCCUGUUAGGCAGUCUGGCAGCGGGUUACCUCUCUGACAAGGCUGUGGCAAAACAAGGCACGAGAAUCUAUGGCAACCCCCGCCACUUCAUCCUCAUCUGCAUGAUGGCUGGAAUGUUUGUGUCCAUGUAUCUGUUCAGAGUCACAGUUAGUCCCGACAGCUCAAAGGUGUGGAUUCUCAGCUUGGGUGCUGCUUUUGGUUUCUCCUCUUACGGACCAAUAGCAUUGUUUGGAGUUAUAGCCAAUGAGAGCGCCCCAUCCAACUAUUGUGGGACAUCACAUGCCAUUGUUGCCCUGAUGGCCAACAUUGGUGGCUUCCUGUCUGGACUGCCAUUCAGCACAAUUGCCAAGCACCACGGCUGGGAAAUGGCCUUCUGGGUAGCAGAGAUCACCUGUGGCGUCACCACUGUUGGAUUCUUCUUGCUGCGCAACAUCCGAACUAAGAUGGGUCACGUGUCCAAGAAGGCAGACUAAAACAUCUAAAAUAUUACAUCUCAUCCUCUGUAUCCAGAGGAAAAUGGAAUAUUUUGAGCCAUUGUUGUAUUUUCAUAUUUUUCUAACUUGAUUUUUUUUUAUACCACAGUAUUUUUUCAGUCAGUUAUACAGCACAGGUGUUAAUGAAGCUCACAGAAGAUGAGCAUUUUUCUUCAAAAACCUGUUUUGCAAGGUGCUUCUCAACAUACACUGCAUCAAUAACUCAACAAGGGAAUAUGAAUGACUACACAUGUAUGCAAUACAAUGGAAUGUGGCAAAAAUACAAGGAGAAAGGUUUUCUCCCCUAAGGCCUCUUAAGUAUUACAAUGAUAAGAGAGCAAAAGUUGAACCUGGUAUUAUACAAUAUUACUGUUUUUUAAGGUGCUGUAAUUAUGAAUCAUGAAUGGAUUUACCAGAUUUAUAAUGCUCACUGUGUUUAAGAAAAGCACAACAGUGAAAGGUUUGAAUAAAUGAUACUUUGUUGUUAUUUCA